CUCAGGUUUUUCCCUUUGUUGAAGCAUGGAAAAAUCUUCUCGUACUGAUGUUGUAGUGGAGCACCCGGGCAUAGGAUGGUUCAGAGCUGCUUGCACUCUCACCAUGACUGCUGUUGGACUUGGAGUUCUCGCAUUGCCAGGCACGGCUACUCACUCUGGUUGGCUCGGUAGUCUUUUUGGUCUUCUCGUCGCGUCCAGUAUCAUCCUCUACAAUAACCACCUUCUGUGGAGAGCCCUGCGCCUUGCUGCUAAAGAAGAGGAGGAAGUCGCCAAAUGUUAUGAGGAGGUUGGUCGAGUUGCUUUCGGUAAGAUAGCCGCGGUGUACUUUGGGGCUACCCUACAUGUCACCCUGGUUGCCGUGUGCUCCGUAAUGCUCCUUCUAUUGGCAUCAACAUGUGAAGCAAUGGCUCUUGUCCUCGAUAGACGUGCCUGGGUAGCGAUCUGGAUAGUCGUUGGCAUACCCCUUUCGUGGAUUAAGGAAGUCAAGAAUGUUGGUUUCAUCGCAACGAUUGGCGUUGUGACUGUCUCAGCAAUGGUCAUUGUCAUAUUCGUUGCUUCAGCUGAUAAGCUUGUCCAAGACGGUGUCGCUCGUGACCUAAAGGUUGGCCCAGAUGGAGCGAUCGAUUUUUUCUCGAUGUUCGCCACCUAUUUUUUCGGCUAUGGUAUGAGCUCGACGACGCCUACGGUGUGCGCCAAUAUGACCAGACCGAUGGAUUUUCCAAAAGCGCUGUUCGUUGCCCUGGUCUUCUGCACUGCCCUGUACAUGGCCGUCAUGGAGCUCGGAUACAUAGCUUACGGUCAAGCUUUGGCUGGGGCCGACACAAUCGCUGGCGCAAUCUCUCCUGCGGGUCAGCGUCUCAAUACAUUUGGUUGGAUUAUCAACGUUGUUGUCCUUGUUGUUGUCUCGUCUCAUUAUCUAGUCCUAUUCACACCGACGGCAAAGAAGGUUGAUGAGAUUUGCUUGGACAUCAGUGAGAAGAAGCAGUGGUCUUCCUUCAAGUAUAAGCUGGUCUCUCUGCUGGGUCGUACUGGCCUUGUCAUUCUUGAAGGAUGCAUUGCAAUAGUUGUACCAAAGGUCGAUGCCCUUGUAAGUUUGAUAGGUGCCUUCUGCGUGCCGCAUUUGUCGAUUUUCUUUCCCAUCGCCUGCUAUGUUAAGAUGAGGAGAUCCCAUCAGUUGUCCAUUCCGAAGUGGGAAUUGGUCCUCUUCGCUGCGCUCAUCGUGAUCGGGUUCGUCGUUAUGGUUCUCGGCAUUUAUGGCGCUAUCAUCCAGUUCUGAAGUUCUAUAGAUUACGGUCGCUUUGUCGAAUCACGGAUGACUUGACUAAGUAUAUAAGCCGGAAGCUCUUUGCUCUGCCUUCCCUCCGCAGAAAUCAUUACGAUAAAUAAUACCUCAGAUAAUUGUAUCUCGUACCCCUUUCCUCCCUUAAGAGGUCUGAGGCAGUCGAUUAGUAUUACCCGACGCUUUCGCGUAUUU